GGGGUGGCCAGCGAGUGGUCUCUUCCUCCGGCUAGUGCUGCUGCAGCGUCCCGCGGCCUCCCCGAGAGCCGGGCGGGAGGGGAAAGCGGGCGUGGACUGGUCUUGACGAGAACUAAGAUUCCAGAUGGCAAAUUCUAUGAAUGGCAGAAACCCUGGUGGUCGAGGAGGAAACCCCCGAAAAGGACGAAUUUUGGGUAUUAUUGAUGCUAUUCAAGAUGCAGUUGGACCCCCUAAGCAAGCAGCAGCAGAUCGCAGGACUGUGGAGAAAACUUGGAAACUCAUGGACAAAGUGGUCAGACUGUGCCAAAAUCCCAAACUUCAGUUGAAGAAUAGCCCACCAUAUAUACUUGAUAUUUUACCUGAUACAUAUCAGCAUUUGAGACUUAUAUUGAGUAAAUAUGACGACAACCAGAAACUUGCCCAACUCAGUGAGAAUGAAUAUUUUAAAAUUUACAUUGAUAGUCUAAUGAAAAAGUCAAAAAGGGCAAUAAGACUCUUUAAAGAAGGCAAGGAGAGGAUGUACGAAGAGCAGUCGCAGGACAGACGAAAUCUUACAAAACUAUCCCUUAUCUUCAGUCACAUGUUGGCAGAAAUCAAAGCAAUCUUUCCCAAUGGGCAAUUCCAGGGAGAUAACUUUCGUAUCACGAAAGCAGAUGCUGCUGAAUUCUGGAGAAAGUUUUUUGGAGACAAAACUAUCGUACCAUGGAAAGUAUUCAGACAGUGCCUUCAUGAGGUCCAUCAAAUUAGCUCUGGCCUGGAAGCAAUGGCUCUAAAAUCAACAAUUGAUUUAACUUGUAAUGAUUACAUUUCAGUUUUUGAAUUUGAUAUUUUUACCAGGCUAUUUCAGCCUUGGGGCUCUAUUUUACGGAAUUGGAAUUUCUUAGCUGUAACACAUCCGGGUUACAUGGCAUUUCUCACGUAUGAUGAAGUAAAAGCACGGCUACAGAAAUACAGCACUAAACCCGGAAGCUACAUUUUCCGGUUAAGCUGCACUAGGUUGGGACAGUGGGCCAUCGGCUAUGUGACAGGGGAUGGAAAUAUCUUACAGACCAUACCGCACAACAAGCCCUUAUUUCAAGCCCUGAUCGAUGGCAGCAGGGAAGGAUUCUAUCUUUAUCCUGAUGGGAGGAGUUAUAAUCCUGAUUUAACUGGAUUAUGUGAACCUACACCCCAUGAUCAUAUAAAAGUUACACAGGAACAAUAUGAAUUAUAUUGUGAAAUGGGUUCCACUUUUCAGCUCUGUAAAAUUUGUGCCGAGAACGACAAAGAUGUCAAGAUUGAACCUUGUGGGCAUUUGAUGUGUACCUCUUGCCUUACAGCCUGGCAGGAGUCAGAUGGCCAGGGCUGCCCCUUCUGUCGCUGCGAAAUAAAAGGAACGGAGCCCAUAAUCGUGGACCCCUUUGAUCCAAGAGAUGAAGGUUCCAGGUGCUGUAGCAUCAUCGACCCCUUCGGAAUGCCGAUGCUGGACUUGGAUGACGACGAUGACCGAGAGGAGUCCUUGAUGAUGAAUCGGUUGGCUAAUGUUCGAAAGUGCACUGACAGGCAGAAUUCCCCAGUCACGUCACCGGGAUCCUCUCCCCUUGCACAGCGAAGAAAGCCACAUCCAGACCCUCUCCAGAUCCCACAUUUAAGCCUGCCACCAGUGCCUCCUCGCCUGGAUCUAAUUCAGAAAGGCGUAGUUCGGUCUCCCUGUGGCAGCCCAACUGGUUCACCAAAGUCUUCUCCUUGCAUGGUGAGAAAACAAGAUAAACCACUCCCAGCACCACCACCUCCCUUAAGAGACCCUCCUCCUCCUCCACCUGAGAGACCUCCCCCAAUCCCCCCUGACAAUAGACUGAGUCGUCACUUCCUUCACAUGGAAAGUGUGCCUUCCAGAGACCAGCCGAUGCCUCUGGAAGCCUGGUGCCCUCGGGAUGUGCUUGGGACUAAUCAGUCAGUGGGAUGUCGCCUCCUAGGGGAUGCCUCUCCAAAGCCUGGAAUCACAGCGAGUUCAAAUGUAAAUGGAAGGCACAGUAGAAUGGGCUCUGACCCAGUGCUUAUGCGGAAACACAGACGCCAUGAUUUGCCUUUAGAAGCAGCCAAGGUCUUUUCCAAUGGUCACCUGGGAAGUGAAGAAUAUGAUGUUCCUCCCCGGCUUUCUCCUCCCCCUCCAGCUGCCACCCUUCUCCCCAGCAUCAAGUGUACUGGUCCAUUAGCAAAUUCCCUUUCAGAGAAAACAAGAGACCCAGUAGAGGAAGAUGACGAUGAAUACAAGAUUCCUUCAUCCCAUCCUGUUUCCCUGAAUUCACAACCAUCUCAUUGUCAUAAUGUAAAACCUCCUCCUAGGUCUUGUGAUAAUGGUCACUGUAUAUUGAAUGGAACACACGGUACGUCUUCAGAGAUGAAGAAGUCAAACAUCCCUGAGUUAGGCAUAUAUUUAAAGGGAGAUGUUUUUGAUUCAGCCUCUGAUCCAGUGCCAUUACCACCUGCCAGGCCUCCAACUCGGGACAAUCCAAAGCAUGGUUCUUCACUCAACAGGACGCCCUCUGAUUAUGAUCUUCUCAUCCCUCCAUUAGGUGAAGAUGCUUUUGAUCCCCUCCCCCCGUCCCUCCCACCUCCCCCACCUCCCGCAAGGCAUAGUCUCAUCGAACAUUCAAAACCUCCUGGCUCCAGUAGCCGACCAUCCUCAGGACAGGACCUUUUCCUCCUUCCUUCAGAUCCCUUCUUUGAUCCAGCAAGUGGCCAGGUUCCUUUGCCUCCUGCUAGGAGAUUACCAGGUGAAAAUGUCAAAUCCAACAGAGCAUCACAGGACUAUGAUCAGCUUCCUUCAUCUUCAGAUGGUUCACAAGCACCAGCCAGGCCUCCUAAACCACGACCCCGCAGGACUGCACCAGAAAUUCACCACAGAAAACCCCACGGGCCUGAGGCAGCAUUGGAAAAUGUCGAUGCAAAAAUUGCAAAACUCAUGGGAGAGGGUUAUGCCUUUGAAGAAGUGAAGAGAGCCUUAGAGAUAGCCCAGAAUAAUGUCGAAGUGGCCCGUAGCAUCCUCCGAGAAUUUGCCUUCCCCCCUCCCGUCUCCCCACGUCUAAAUCUAUAGCAGCCAGGACUGUAAACACCAGAACACAAAGCAAUUGCUGAAUAUUCCAGAUGUGUGGAAAGGAGAAAAGUGAGAUGGAAUUCAAGAGAGAACGUCUCCUCCUCACGUGGCAUCUUGAGAAGAGAAAGGCUCGGAAGUGCUGCUUCUCAGAAGACAGCUUCUUGCUCAGGAUGCCAAUGGCUGCGGCUUCCUUAUUUUUGCUAGCCAUACUUUUAAAUCAGGGUUGAACUGACAAAAAUAAUUUAAAGACGUUUACUUCCCUUGAACUUUGAAUCUGUGAAAUGCUUUUCCUUGUUUACAAGUUGGCAAAGUUGCGGUUUGUUUUUUAGUUUUGUUUGGGGACUUUUUUGAUACCUGUACUGUGUUCUUGAUAGACCCUCUGUACAGUGGUCAGGUCUGCUGUAACAUUUUCUACCAACUCCCUUGCUGUCUGCGUCAACAGCUAAGUCACAUAUUCAUUGUGAUCGCUCCCGUCCCACCCCGCCCAAACCCAGGUCCAGUUCCAUUUCUCCCAUUUACAAGAUGCUUUAAAGGUUCUGAUUUUCAACGUAUCAAAUUAAUGCAAAAAAAGUGUGUGGCCUUCACUACUGAGUCUUUUCUUUGGAAACCAUCACUGUUGAGAGAUGGGGAAAAUCUGAAAUGUAUAAAGCAUUUUUUGGUCAAUGAACUGCCUUUUAUAAGGGGUUUUCAUAUAAUAUAGAAGAGCUUCCCUUUUUGUGUAAGUUUUGUGAUCUUCCACACUCUCAUCUUUGUCAUCCCAGGGGUGUCACGACUCUAAAAAAAAAAACCUAAAAUAUUAGAAAGCAACUACCGCAGAGGUGGGAGAAUACACUUGCACAUGACAAUGCCGUAUUGAAGUUAUAUAAUGAGGUCCCCUGAUAUUUAUGCCGCAUUACUUUGAGGCAUGCUGAAUAAGAGGGCCGUCUCCCAGAAGUACAUUAAUAAUUUUCAGAUAAAACUAUGACCAUACCUUUCCCAAAGUGGAAUAGAGUUCAUUUCCUGUUUGAGUGAUUACACUCUGGUACCUAAAAAGUUUAGGAACCAGUUCAUAUUGCGGUGGAAAUGUUACAUCUUUGACGCACUGUUAAGUGCUAAUGCUACUGUGGCAAUGUUUAUUUUUCUUUUGCAAAAUUCUUAGUAAUUUUCCUCUCUCCCAUCAAAUUAGAGUUCGUAUUUAAUUUUUCGAUUCUCUCAUUCAUUGCUCCACAUUGCUCCAUCCAGUCAGGUAUAAGAAAUUUAUAUAGUUUUGCCUUUUUUGCAAAAUGGAGGUUGGUUCUUCAGAAACCGUGUUAUUACUUUUAAUAAACCUACAAAUAUUUAUUGGGCAUCUAUGAUGUGCUCCACGCUGUCAGGCACUGUGUUCUUAAAGCACAAACCGUCACAAACUGAUUCCACUGUAAUAUUCUGUUAUCCUUUACCUGCACUUUUGAUGGUGAAAGUGUCUCUGCUGGACAAAGCCUGGAAGGUUUCCACCAGCGCUUUAGAAUUUUCAGGCAAUCUGCUUUUUUUUUUUUCUUAUUAAGUUAGUGAAGAAAUUAGACAAAACCAGGUCUGUGUUAAAUGCUUGAACCCACAGAAGGUUUUCUAAACGUGGACUGAUUGCAGGUUUGUGCACGUUUCUGCCACUCCUUUAACUUCACACAGUGUGAUGUAAAAAGAUGCAUCUGAUAGUGAGCCUUUCUUCAGGAUUUGAAAGCAUGUAACCAAACAUGUGGCAGAGCCAAAGGAAAUUAACAGUCAAGACUUGUGUAGUCAUUGCGUUGACCUGGGGAGGGAACUAACGCAUUCCUUUGUGAGCUGACAUGUGCCCUUACUUGACAGUUUGAUCUCCUGACAUGAGGUACCUGAGGAGUCACAGGCCUUGGAUAGUUUGUGCUCAUAUUUUAAUUUCUUCAGCUGAUUCUGAGCUGGUUCAUGUCCCUGGAAGAGAAGUUUUAAUUUGCUUUAGAUGUUCUUCCUGUAAGUAGGUAUAUGAGGGCAGUUUUUUACACUUUUAAAAACUGCAUUGGCUAAUUCUCCAUUGCUUUAUGAACUCCAUGUU